CCGAACAGAACGUCUCGUUCAAUCAGACACCGUAGUAAACCGGUGCAAAACGUUUUGAGAUUGAACUUGCUCGAGUAUUAUUAUGAGAUACUUACUGCCAAACUUACAAAAGCAUAAAACACUGGGGAAGAACUGCAAGACAUUUAUAAAUGCUUAUAAUGCGAUAAAAGCUUUCAAGUGGAUUUGUUGCAGUCCCUCAUAUCUGCCUUUCUGAAAGCUCCAGCUCUUAUGUCUGCACUAACUAAUUGUUUUGUAUAAUUAAUGAAUGAUAAAAACUCGGACAACACUAUUUUCCUUAAUCUCUGAGAAUAUAAAUUCGUUUUCUCGAAAUAUGACCCUCUCCCCCGUGCCGUAUUUUUUUAUAUGUACUUCUACGCCGUCUUACGUUAUUUAGUAAAAGUAAUUUCAAAAACGUUGAAUCCUUUUAUUUUGUAACUCUGCGAUUUGACACCGGACGUGACACAUUCAGGGUAAAGUUCAGAAGGUGCAGGACUUGUUCCUAGUUUAAACCUUUUUAUAAAUAGUCUAUGGUUUAAACUCGUUUCAAAAUCAGCAGCAGCAGCAGUCUGUUUCUGGUUUGUGGACAUGGCUGUAGACUGGAUUGGGUUCAGCUAUGCUGCUCUGCUGGUAACAGGAGGAAUCCUAGGUUAUGUGAAAGCAGGCAGCAUCAUCUCUCUGGCUUCAGGGCUGCUGUUCGGCCUGCUGGCUGCAGUCGGUGCUUUUCUGGUAUCUCAAAAUCCUAAGAAUGUCUGGCUUUCACUAGGCACCUCUGGAACUCUGGUUGUGGUGAUGGGGCUGAGAUUUCUCAACUCCUGGAAGUUCAUGCCAGCGGGUUUAAUGGCUUUAGCAAGUGGACUGGUGCUGGUGAACAUCAUCAUGGCAAUGCUAAAGAGGCCACAUGAAGCUUGAAAAUACUCACAUACAUGUUUCCUGUUCCAUACAUAUGUUUGACACCUAAUUUGUGCUCCCAUAUACUGUCUCAUUUUCUAUUACAGACUGCUUCUGUAUAAAAAUGUAAUAUAAAAUAUGUGAUUAAAGAGGAAAGGGUUUUGUCUAUCUUUGAUAAUAUAAAGCCAUUUUUAUCCUGUUAGGUGAUGUUUUUAUUGUGUAAAUGUACAUCUGAACUGUAUCUGCUGCUGUAAAAUAAUAAAUUCAUCCACUUUAAUAAAAAA